CACCUCUUGGAAACCGGGCAACAUUAAGGAAGAUGUGCUGGAUUUUUCCAACGAGCUGGUUCCCAAAUGCAGGAAAGACACAUUUAACUUGGAGAAAUUGGAUAUGGACUUUUCAUUCGAUGGAGGUUUCCAGAAGUUCUCUUCCUUCAAGGUUGACAUGUCUGACCUGGACUUCUCAAGCCCUUCCAGAAAGGGACAAAAGACCAAGGAAAGCAAAGCCAAGCAAUCUGAGCCAGAAAAGGUGGAACAAGCCAGUGAAAGCUUCACAUUCAACUUUGAUUUCAACGAGUUGGAUGGGUUUGACUUAUCUUCAAGUUUGUCAGAGAAGAAUGGUGAUUCUGGUAAACAUUCACUUGACACAAGUUCUGACUCUUCCGUAAAGCAUGACCAAUCUGUUCGUAGUAAGUUGCCCAACAGUGUUGUCCUCACCCCAGAAAAUAAUGAAAACGAUGAUCAUCGCAAUUUAUGCAACAAACCAAUGGACAAAAGGACAGUACCAUCAGGAAUUAUUGUGGAAGUUGACAAGGGUUCUUCUUCAUACGAAAAGAGUCCUAAAAGUCCUGAUGCUAUUGGAGAUAUUUCUCUGAAAACAGAAGCAGAUGUGCUAGCCAGCAGGGAAGGGCCAGAAAAGACUGGAAAGUUAGAGGAAGAGUUGGGGAGUAAAUGCUCCAAAGAGAUGAAGUCCCCACAGUCCAUCAAGGAUUCAUCACAUGGAAGUGUUUGUGGAAAUGAUUCAAUUCAUCAGACUCUUCAAUUUUCAGAUAUUGGCGGCGACCAUGGUCCAAGCAGCGGCAAAGAGUGCUCUGCAAUAAAAGGUUCUAGUUGCCUCCCCUCUAUGCAAGAGAGCAUGAAGAGCUUUCCUUCACACCUAAGGAGUGUAGGAAGAUCUGAAAAGUUUGAAACUGUGAAGGAACUGUUUGUAGGAAAAUGCUCCAUGGAACUUGAAAGUCCACAGACUCUGUUAAAUUCGUCACCUAAAGGUAUUCAUCAAAAUGACAGAGUCCAUGAUACUGGUCCACUAGAUUAUGUCAUCAAUGCUAGGCCUGCUGGAGAGAUCAAUGGUAAACAAGACCCACUGAUGAAAAAAUCUGCUGGUUCAGUUUUGAAGACUUCUACUUCUUCAUUGCUAGAGAGUUUGAAGCAUUUUCCUUCAAAAGGUGCCACUGAAGCUAAGAGCAUUAAAAGAUUUUUGGACAUACCAGUUGUUGAUGUCCAAGGGCCUAAAGCAGUGGGACAAAGUAAAACUGAAGUUGAAAAGUCGGUUGCACCUGACAGGCAGAAGAUACAAGCAAAUGGUGAACCUUUUAGUAUCACUGAACUGAACUCAGUAAGGGCAAAAUUUAAUAAGCAAAAAGAGGCAUCCGGUAAAAGUUCUCCUUAUUUCCUCCAGAAAACAGCUCCAAAGCAGAUAUGCAGUAGCAAUGAGAAAAGUGGGAUCAUACAGGGGUUGCAAAACAUUGAUGAAAAUUCAGAGAAUACAUUACAGAGCUCUCCUAGAGCUGAGAAAAGCAUGUCAUCCUUGCCAGAACAUGAUAAAUAUGAGAAAAACUGCCACACGGUUGGGCGGGCAUUCUCUUUAUUCUCCAGGGUGAAGCUCAAUAAAGAGUUAAUGACUGAUCCUAGGGCUGAUACUGGGGGAACUCCUGACCUUAAAGCAGCUCUUGUUCACACCCCAAAGCAAAAAGAAUCAUCUUCUAUGCUUACAAAUUAUUAUCAAUGUGCAUCACGACAUGUAGAACUUGCAACAAAUUACAAGACUAUUGGUAUAAAAGAAGCCAAGGUCUCUGUGUCAGAAAAUGAAAAAAGGCCAAGAUCUCUUUCUACUUUAAAACUUUCAAGGACCCUUACAACAAAUGGAGGUGAGCAUGUUUCCAAAGUACAGAAGGAGCCCAAGGUAGACCUGAAGGCACCUCUAAAGAAAGCAAAAACUAGCAUCCCAGAGAUGGCUAUGUCCUCUAGUCUAUAUCUGAAGCGGAAAUCACUUCAGGGACCUAGUAUGAGAGAGCUAACCAAAAGUCCUCUGAAGCAUGUGAUAGAAUCUCCACAGAUUGAAAGCAGGAAACGUCAGAGGGAUUCCCAGAUAAUUGAACAAAAACAGGUACUAGAUACGGUUAAUGUGCAGCCAUUUUCCAAGGAUGCUAGGCAUGAUCUACUGUCAACACCAUCUAUUUCUACUGAAACAAGCACACCCGACAUGGAAAUUUCAACACCAAUGGAGGAUGGUAGCACCAUUCAGAAAGCAGAAGCUUAUGCUAAAGAGAUUGAAGAUAUGUGCCAUAAGCUCACAAAGAUGAAUGAAGAAGCAAAAGAAUUGCUUGUUCGUGCUGUAGUCAACAACAAUUUUUUGCUGCUGCUAAACCAUCCAAAGUUUGAGAAGAAGAUAUCCUUAAAGAAUUCUAUUUACAAAUUUUGGAUAGUCAUCUACAAACAUAUUCUGGUCUCACAGAUUUUCAAUACGUAA